UGUCUUUUUUGGAAAUUUUUUCAGUUUUUAAGAAAAAAGCGGUGUAAAUUAGAUGAGUUCACAACGCCACAUAUAAAAAAUUGGAAUUAGCCACGUUUACGCCUUGUCGUUUUCGUCUAAUCGUCUGCUCUGCUGAACGAAAAAGAAAAAACCAUGCUCAAAGCCUCAGAUCCUUUAUAUUUUUUUUAACUAUUACUUCGUUUUUGCUCACAAUUUUGGUGUUAAACAAAGUAGUUGGCCCCAAUUCAUGUCUUCUUCGUCCACAUCAGAUAAGAAAUCAGAAUCGGAAUCCGAUGUUCAAGUGGUUGGGAAUGGGAGUGGAUCAGUCAAGAGAAAACUUGUCAAAUCUGCCAAAUCACGUAAGAAACGAAAGCCCCCUACAUUUUUCUUCUCAUGGCUGAAGUUGAGAGAGUUCCAGCCAUGGCUUGAUCACAAAUUCAAUUCUAGAAAGAAGAUUGUGACAGCAUAUUGCAAGGCGUGUAACAAACACAUUCAAAAACACAGUGAACGAGAAUCCCAUAAAGCUGCAACCCUAGUUUUCUUAGCUGGGGAAGGUGAGAGAGAGAGAGCAAAGCAAUUUUUUGGGAAGAGCGAAAGUAAAAAAGUCCUGAUCCUCACAGUAAGAAUUUGUGCUUAUAUAGCUGAAAAUGAUUUUCCCUUGUCCCUUGUUGACAGCUUCCUUGCGUUGUUGAAAAGUAUGUUUCCUGAUGACAAAGUUUUGUCAAAAGUCAAUUUGGGACGUACAAAAUGUUCAAACAUCAUAAGAUAUGGCUUUGGAACAUAUCUAACUGAUGCCCUUAAAAAGAGACUAUCGGAAACAUUUUGGUCAUUAGUCAUCGAUGAAACAACAGACGUUUCAACUGUCAGCCAGCUUGCUGUCAUGGUUCAUUACUGGGACAAGUGCAAGAAGCGUUUCAUCGUUGAACCUUUUGAUCUUAUUGACUUGAUAGAUGGUACAGCUAAGGGGAUUAUUUCUACUCUGAUACUAGAUGGCUAGCCCUGGAGUAUGCCGUUAGCAGAGUUCUCGAACGAAUAGACCCUCUACUGGAGUACUACAAAGAAGAAAACAAGAAGGACCCGACAGUAUUUUAUGAUCUCAUGAUUACAGCAGCAGAAGAUCCCUUCACCAAAGUGUAUCUUGAGUUCCUUGUGUACGCACUGAAUUUUUUCAACGAAUUCAACAUAACUUUUCAAUCGGAGGUUCCACAAGUACAUACUUUGAAACAAAAUCUUCAUGGAAGAUAGCUAUGUUAAUGAGUGUGAUCCUAUGCAGCUCGAUCCUUUUCUCGAAGACCAAUUUCUUCCUCUUUCGGAUGUUUAUUUGGGUAAUAAAGUUAGCUUGAAGCAUUUGGCUGAUUAAA